GCUCCUGACAGGCGUACAGUAACAUGACAGCAGCUAGCAAACAUCAUCUGCCUGGCUCAACGACGUUAUGGUUUCGCUAGCUGUGUGUUUUUGCCCUAUUUUUGAUUAAUUUUUCCUCAGUUGCACACAGCCACAGCUUAGCAUGUGCAACUAGAGCUGUUUAAUAAGUAGCCAGAUCGUCUGUCACGCUUGAAAUAUCGAAACCAGCGAUUGUUUGGACUUUUGGAGGCCGUGUAUUCUAUUUUAAAGCCUAUUUUCAACGCAAUUUUUUUUUUCAACGGUCAAAAUUUUCCUUUUUUGUUAUACAACAUAAUAUUGCCUACCACCUCGCUGGACAGGCAUAUCAAAACGUUUUUUUACUACAACAACAACAACAACAACAACAAGGAAUUGGGGUUGAACGCUGUUUGUUUUCCAGCCAGCAACCAGCACAGCAGCACCAAAGCUAAAAAAAAAAAAAAAUUAACAAAAAAUAAUAUCACCAGCUGCUCAAAUACACUUUUUUGUGUGUGUGACAAGCUAUACAAUCUGGCAACCAGUACCCUCAUCAGAUCGGUCUGACCGAGCUGUCAAUCCAGUAUUUUUUGCCUAUCUUUUUUUUUUUCAGACUCGACGAUGGUCUCUAGUUAGCAGCGUUUGCUGUCAGUUUCACAGCCUAAAAAUUGACCAAGUGCAGAACUAAUGCUGUGAGCUCUUAUCUGUUUGACAGCUCAUCUAUAAGUCUUUAGACCUUCCUGAGUGUCACCACUUACAUGCUUUCAGGAAGAGUUGCCAGAUUUUGCAAACCUGGAAGGUUUUGUUGUUGUUGUUCGUGUCGUGUUUUUUCUCACAAUUUUAACAUUUGUUGUCCAAUAUCUCGUUUAAUAUGAACAGGACUAGUUAAUUUAGUUAUUUUUGGCAGCUGAGGGACAUUUUUAUUCGUUUUUUAUCAUCCAGCUAUUUGGAAACCAGCGUGUUUAUUUGUUAGAUUUUUCUUACUCCCCAUUUUUUAUACAUUUUAUCAACAAGCCCCAUAUCUAAACAUUUCCCUCGCUGCCUUAUACUAAAAAAAUAUUUUGUAAAAUCGUCUGACUGGAUUUUUCUUACUCUAAACGCUGGAGGAGGAAGAAGCGUGAAGGAACGAAAGGCUGCUGCUUGUUUUUUUUUCCUCGUUUAUUUCUGACCCUUUUUUAUCGGUGUUUAUUGCUUAAAAUGACGGCUAUUGAGAAACUACAGAUGUUGAUCGAAGCAGCUGAAUAUCUUGAUCGAAGAGAAAGAGAAGCGGAGCACGGCUAUGCCUCCAUGUUACCCUUCACCAGCAACAAAGAGAGGGAUGGCUUGAAACGAAAAAUCAAAAGCAAGAAAAAUUGCAGCAGCAGGUCUACACACAACGAGAUGGAGAAGAACAGGAGGGCACAUUUACGAUUGUGUUUGGAACGCUUGAAAUCCCUCGUGCCCUUAGGACCAGACUCAAACAGGCACACAACCCUCAGCCUACUUAUGAGGGCUAAGGAACACAUCAAGAAGUUGGAAGAUAGCGAGCGGAAGGCCCAGCACACUAUAGACCAGCUGCAAAGAGAACAAAGGCACCUGCGCAGACGCCUGGAGCAGCUGGGUGUGGAGCGCACACGUAUGGACAGCAUGGGCUCCACCAUCUCUUCAGACAAAUCUGACUCCGACCAAGAAGAGGUGGAUGUUGACGUGGAAGGAACAGACUAUUUGCUGGGAGACCUGGAGUGGAGCACCAGCAGCGUAAGCGACUCAGACGAGCGGGGAAGCUUGCGCAGUAGCUGCAGCGAUGAAGGCUAUUCCAGUGCCAGUCUCCGUCGCCUCGCCAACCCUCAGGAGAAGAGCCCAGCGCUGGGCUGCAGUCUAUAAGAGCACAGAUCACCCCCGGUUCCUCAGCCACUCUUCUCCCACCACUUCAACCUGAACCUCCAAUCACCUUCAGCCAGGUCCUCCUCUAAUACUUGAACGGUGUUGUCUCCUUUGUGACCGAAACAACGAAAAGGUCUUUCCCUUGCUCUGACAAAUCCAGUCUAUGUGUGCGAGUGCGAGUCAAGAGGAGGAAGCGCGGAGAAAGUAUUGGAAUUUGGAUGUGCCACCCACCAUCCAGACCUCAUAUAUGCAGCACUAACUGGGAGAAAAGGCCGACCCUUCUUCACCAAACCACACCAAUCCGAUCUUCCCACCCAUUUGCCUUUGCUCCCACCCCACCAUCCUGGAGAGAGGCACACGAUUUGGGACAUUCUCAUUCCCGAAAGACCCUCAAAAGACCCUUAAAGACCUCAUAGCCAGAUGAAGAAUGUGUACCAUACCACACCCACUGCCUAGUCACUGUCGCACUCUGGGACAAUCGAACCCAGGCUGUCUUACGCAGCCCUUUAUGUUCCUUCAAUCAAAAACUGAACCGUCCAGACACAGGGCUGGGUCAUCUGACCAGUUAGCUAACCAACCAGAGCAUGGUAUUUUGCACUUAGAUGACAACGUCCGAAGGAGUGGCCUUUUUACACUCGUCUGAAGCCAGCUUUGCCUUGUCCCGCGUAAUAACCAAGGACCGGAUUUGGGAAAGCUGCGAGAUCAGAGCAAAAGGGUUACUUCUACCGUCCUGGCAAGGAUUGCUUCGUGUCAAAAGAUGUGCUGUCAUGUCGUUUUGUUUUCUAAAACGUCUCUCCGAAGGGACUGCAGCUACUUUAGUGAUGUAUCAGACGCAGUGUGUUAGCUAGUCUUAAACAAAAAAUAUCUACCUGCACUGUCUAAUACCUGACGCUCCCGUCACCGCACGGGCAGAGAUCACUGACGUGUUGUUGUUUCCUCUCUUUGUUUUACCCAGCAAGCACUCAUAAUACUCAUGCUGUGUGAAAUCAUCAGGGCGGUAGCAAUACACCCCUCAACUGGACUUACCUACGGAUCCCUAAACAAGAAAAUCUCUAUUUGUUGUAGUUUUUUAAGCAUAUGCUAUACUUUAAAUGCCCCCCCUGACCUGCCAUCUUGAAUUUUAGUACUACAACCAAGGGGCGAAACGACUGAAGCGUUUGCAGCAUGAGAUUCUUCGAAUGGUUUGUGGGUUGGGUUUAUGAAAUGGGGGUGGGAAGAGGGUUGACGUCUGGAUCUCAGGUAUCUCUUCCUCUCUCUCUAAGGACAGUGGCGUUUUUUUUGUGUGAUGCAUCUUCUUCAUGUUUGUCCGUUUUCUUUUCUCUCGACUGUUUAGCCCUAGAAGUACAAGGGCAAUUCUAGAAGCACAUUCCAUGGUAUAGCAGAGCUUUGCGUUAUUGCAUGGACUGCAGACACUGAUACAAAGGUCUGAGGCUUCAGAUUACCUACUGUAGGAGCGACUGAGCCCUCUGCUCUUGCGCCAUCAGGCUCAUUGUAAGAGUGUGAGUGUGUGUGUUCGUCGGUGACUGCAGCACUGCAUUGCAGUUUCACUCCUGCUACCCAGCGAUUUACCAUUUCAGCUAAAUGUAGUCAUGAUGUGUGUAUAUAGUUCACAGAAAAAGAGAGAUAUAUACCCUAUAUGUACGUAUAUCGAUAAAGUAUUUAUAUUUGAUCUACAUUAUAUGUUAAAACAUAGACUAUAAUUAUAUGUAUAUAUAUAUGAGAAUAUAUUUAAGUAGUGUUUGCCUUAGUUGCUUCGGUUCUCUUUAUCGUUAGUUUCAAUGUGUAGUUGAUUUGCACUAUAUUAUAGAAACAUAUAAAUAUAUACCUAUUUUACACAUCCUGAAUUCUAACUCUGUGCUCGUAGAGCCAAAAAAACUUUAUUUUUUCCUGCACAAAAUGAAAAUGUGUCGAUUAAAAAAAAAAAAAAAAAAAACAUUAAAAAGUAAUAUAAACUGCAUUAAAAAAAUAUGAUUGGGCGUAUUUGUUAGUUUGUUGGUGGCACUGCGGUUGUGGAAAGUGGGUGAUCAGUAAGUAGCCUGUUAUUAUCGUGCCUGAUCGGACUAGGGAGAAGCGUUUUCCUAUAACACUAGUGAGUCAAGUGGGUUCUGUAAGGAGCCUAGUGAAGGAUCUGUAUGUUUGAAUGUACUGUUGCAUCACAAAGUGACAUCUUGAAUUGUAGAAUAUAUAAUUUUUUAGACUGAUGCACCAAAAAUGGAAUUUAAACGAAUCGGAUUGUUCAUUCUUUACAUAUGGAAUGCUGCUGUUUGGUAGUUUUAAAAAUCUUAAAUCCCCCCCAAAAAAAUAAAAAUAAAUAAAAAGUAUAAAACUUGUGUGAGUUGUAGCCAUGAGAGCAUUAGAGCACCGUGUAUAUUUUGGAAAGGGGGGAGGGUGGUGUGUACUGUGUAUAUAUACAUGUUCGCUAGUUUGUGACGUCACUGUCCACAGACAGAGAGAAAGGGUUCGAUUUUUCUUCUUCUUUUUUUUUCUCUUUGGGAGGGCAAGGGGUUUGGGGCUGUAUGCCUUUUGUAUUAUGCUUUUUUGUCUUGUUUUUAUUUGUUAAAAAGUGUUUAAAAAAGUGCAAACAAAAAGUGAACUUCCUUUUCAAGAGUGUGUCUUGUUAAAAAUUGGUGUCUUGAAGUUUCUCACGACCCGCUCCCAACGAAGUAGACUCUGCUUUCUGUGUAGUUCAACCUUUUCCCCCUCCCCCCAACUUUCUGAGUCUGCGUUACUCCUCUCAUACGCCGUCUUCUGUGAACACCGGUGGCGGGACAUAGCUAAUGUGUUGCACUUAUGAAUGUUACGUGAAAGACUAUAUGGUGCUGUCACUCACACAGAUGUGAAUUCCCGCUUUAACACAAACCCUUACUUUGUCCCGGUGCUGCGCUUGUCACAGUCAAUGAUGUCACCGCGGGGGGUAGAUGUACUACUUUUGAUUUGUAUAUAUUGGUUAUGUACCGUACGUACAGUACGAAAUGGCUAAAGCCUUAAGACAUACUAAUGUAUGAAAACAAUAGAUGUUAUCAGAAACUGAUUGCUGAAAUGAACCCAUCGCCAGUCAUUCCCACUUAUCGUGACUGCGUCUCAGGUGUUUCACACCUUUCCAAAUAUACAUAAAGACACAAACGUGCGCGCACACACACACCCUUGAACAUAUACUGCCUCUUGUAAGCUAAACGAAAGAGGUUUAUGUCUGUUUUACAUCCAAUCAAAAAUGGACAUUUCUAUGCUGUUACUUUUUAAGAAUUGGGCUACUUUGAUGUUGACUGCUAAAUAUGUGGUUAAAAGGAAUGAACUUAAAAUAAAAAAAAAAAUGAAAAUGUA